GCGAUGGCGAUGAAGUACCACAAACAACAGCUGGUGUAGAUGAACGGGCAGGCAGAUGAGCCGUUCGUCUCAAUUCUCAUUACGCGAAUCGAUUGACUAAUGAAGUCGUCGGAUCAAUCGAGACAGCAGGACCGCGGCAAUGGCGAUAUGAAGUACUUUCUCGAUGAGCCACCCUCAAAACCGCAACCGCACCCCUCCCCGAAUUAUACCCAAAACAUGUCCUUCACAUCCUCCAUAUCGAGCAUGCCUCCGCUCUCAAAAACCAUGGCUUCACCGCGCGUCGUCGAUGUCGCCGAACCUCACCGAUCCACGCAACUCUCCUCUGAUGACGCCAUCCUCGCUUCCCUGGGAUACAAGUCAGAACUCAAGCGCUCUUUCUCAUACUUUGCAGUCUUUGGCCAGUCUUUCUCUUCUAUCGGCGUGGUUCCUGCUAUCGCAUCCUCUCUCAUCUUCGCCCUCGGCGCUGGCGGCUCCGCAGGCUUCGUCUGGUCCUAUUUCGUGGGCACGCUCUUCCUCAUCCCUACCGCUCUAACGAUGGGUGAGCUCGGAUCUGCGUAUCCAACGAGUGGUGGUGUCUACUUCUGGCUCGCAAAACUCGUGCCAGACAGGAUCCGUCCACUGGCGUGCUGGUUGAAUGGGUAUUGCAACGCGCUGGGGUAUAUCUGCAUAUUUGCAACUACUGUCUACGCUUCCGCUCAAAUGGUACUCGCAAUGGCAAGCAUGGGGACACCUACCUACGUUCCCACCAAAUACCACACGUACGCUGUAUACAUUGCACUCACGAUCCUCGACUGCGGACUUUGCUCCUUUGCCUCGCGCACCCUCGCGCGGCUACAAUACCUCUACGUCUUCCUAAACCUCGCAGUCGCCGCAGCCGUCAUCAUUGCUCUUCCUGUUGCUUGCCCAUCGGAGCUUAGGAACACUGCUUCAUACGUCUUCACCGACUUUCAGAACCUCUCCGGUUGGUCCAACGCCGGCUUCGCCUUUCUCCUCUCGCUGCUCCUCCCCACCUGGGUUUUGUCCGGCUUCGAAUCAUCUGCUACUUUGUCGGAAGAAAGCGGUGGCGCGGCUCUUUCCAUUCCGCUUUCCAUGAUCUCCGCAAUCGUCACGGCUGGAGUCGUCGGCUGGGCUUGCAUCAUCGCUAUCGCGUUCACCAUGGGCACUGACAUCCUCUCCAUCAUCGGCUCACCCCUCGGGCAACCUUUCGCACAGAUCCUCCUCUCCGCACUAGGUACAAAAGGUGCGAUUACUCUCAUGGCUUUCGUCUGGAUUGUCUCGGUGACGAACUGCGCAGCGCUUUGUACCGCGGCGAGCAGAGAAAUCUUUGCUUUCAGUCGCGAUGGUGCGUUCCCGUUCUCAACCUACCUCCAUCACCUUCACAAAGAGAGCCGCGUUCCGACUCGCUGCGUUUGGACCGUGUGUGUUGUGUCGCUCAUCAUCGGCCUUCUUUCCUUGGCGAACUACACCGCAAUUUCUGCGAUCUUCAACCUGGCAAUCGUUGCGCUUUACGCAUCCUACAUUACGCCAUUCCUCGCUCGCAUCAUCUGGCCCGAAAACUUUACCCCGGGACCGUGGUAUAUGGGACAGCGACUUUCCCUGCUGAGUGCGUAUAUUGGCACUGCAUGGAUGGGCUUCAUGUUCAUCAUCCUGCUUUUCCCAUCCUAUCAUAACCCCAACGCCGCAGAGAUGAACUAUGCCAUCGUAGUCUUUGGCUUCGUCAUCAUGUUUGCGCUUGGAUAUUUCUAUUUCCCCAAAAUUGGAGGGAAAACGUUCUUCAAAGGCCCAGUGCGGACUGUGGAGGAGGAGAGUAUCGAGGGCGUUGCGAUGGAGAUGGGGGAGACUGAAGGUGUCAUGCCAAUAAAGAAGGAGUAAACGUGGAAGUAUUAGUUACAUUAUACCCUGGAUACCGAAAGAACACCCCGAAAUGACAUAAGGUUCAAGCAGUGG